GAAAGAUGGAUCCUUCAGAUCUCCUUCUCUUGCUUCUUCUAAUGUUUGCUUCCACCAUAAACGCCCAAUUCCCAGCGACCUACUGUGGUUCGACUGGCAACUUCACCGUCAACAGCACCUACCAAACCACCCUCACCACUCUCCUCUCAUCCAUCUCCACCACCAACUCCUCGUCCCUCUCCUAUGGUUUCUUCAAUGCCUCCGCCACCAUCUCUGGCGCCUCCCAAACCCUCUACGUCUUUGGCCUCUGCCGCGGUGACUUAACCGCCAUGAGCUGCCGCGGCUGCCUUGAUGCCUUGGCCUCCGACAUGCGCCGCCUCUGCCCCCUCCAGAAAGAAGCACUCCUCUACACCGGGAACUGCAUAAUCCGGUACUCAAACGCCUCGUUCUUCGGCACAGUUGCCACAGAACCCACUUACGUGGCAAGAACCUCUGACGGUGUCUCGAGCCCGGAGACGUACAAUGGCGCGAUGAGGAAGCUCCUGAAUGGUCUGUUGGCCGAGGCAGCGGGUGGCGGCUCGCUGAGAAAGUACGCGUCGGGGAACGAAUCAGCGGGGCCUGACAUGAUCUACGCGUUGGUGCAGUGCACGCCUGACUUAACGGAGCAGCGAUGCGGCGACUGCCUGGUGUUAGGCGUCCAGACGAUCAGGGAUUGCUGCGACAGGUAUACAGGAGGACGGUUCAUGGUGCCAAGUUGCCUGAUCCUGUACGAGACCAAUCAUCAGUUCUUCGACCCAGUCAGUCAGCCACUUCCGCCGCCGCCACCAUCUCCAUCGCCAUCACAGGAGGCAGAUGUGCUGCCUCCAACUCUAGUUGGAAAGAGCGAUUCGACGAGGACUGUGAUGAUUGUGGUCUUCACAAGUGUUUCUGCACUACUUGUCAUCAGCAUUGUCGUCGUGCUCCUGAAAGUGAGAAGGAAGAAGAAGCAGCCCAGACAAAGUGUUGAAGGCGAGUCUUUAUCCUUUCGCAUUGGAACAGAAACUGUUCAUGAGGUUAAAAAAGAUCAGAAAAUAAUUAAGUUGACUAAAGACUAUGCUUUUACACGAGCGAAGUGGUAAGAGCUGCAUCGCUUUCGACAAUUAGGCCAACAACUUUAUAAGGGUCAAAAGGUUAAGGGUUUAGAUUUAAUAAAAGUUUGUGAAACUUUCAUUAUGAAAAUUAUGAAAAGAUAAUAAUGCU